CACCACAGAGUUUAUGUAAAUGUUUCAACAUUUCAAAUCGAAAGUAAAGUUUUCUCUCAGAGGUCAGUAGAUUAUCAGGAGGAGGAAAGGGACAGCUGGCUGUGAACUGAUGUCCUCACUGGGUUUCUGAAGACUUCCUUUAGUGAGAAGCAGAUUAACUUUGUGCUUGUUGGAGUUUCUACAGGAAGAUGAAGAUGUUUGUGGUGUUUGUGAUCCUCGUGCACGUUUCCCAGCAUACCUCAGCUGUGGAGCUGUAUGAGGGGGAGGAGUUUGUCCUGCUGCCCUGUGAGUAUCCCACUCCUGACAUGGACAAACCCACAGCGGUGUGGAGCCGCAAAGAUCUCAAUCCUCCAACCGUCCACCAGCGUCAGAAGGAAGGUGAUGAACUUACAUACCAAAACGAGCUUUACAGCGGCCGAACAUCCAUGAUGACUGACGCUCUGGAAACUGGAGACCUCAGCCUCAACCUGACAAAACUCCAGCUCUCUGACAGCGGCACCUACACCUGCACCGUCAGAGGGUUAGGAAGACCACAGAAAGUGGGAAACAUACAGCUGAAGGUCAAAGUUUUCCAGCAUGCCUCAGCUGUGGAGCUGUAUGAGGGGGAGGAGUUUGUCCUGCUGCCCUGUGAGUUUCAGACUUUUGAGAUGAACAACCCCACAGUGGUGUGGAGCCGCUACGAUCUCAAUCCUCCAACCGUCCACCAGCGUCAGCAGGAAGGUGAUGAACUUAAAGACCAAAACCAGCUUUACAGCGGCCGAACAUCCAUGAUGACUGACGCUCUGGAAACUGGAGACCUCAGCCUCAACCUGACAAAACUCCAGCUCUCUGACAGCGGCAGCUACACCUGCACUGCCAGAGCAAUAGGAGGACAGCGGAGAGUGAGAAAUAUACAGCUGAAGGUCAAAGAACAAUUUCCAACCUGGGCCACAGUUCUCUUGGGUAUCCUGGGUGUUGGUGUUGUUGUUACUGCUGCGGGUCUUAUGGUACAUUUCCGGCGCUACUUCAUGUCAGUCCUCUCAGUCUACAAGGUGGAGGUGGAUUCAGGGGUGGAGUCUGUCCUGCUGCCCUGCAAAACCACAGCUCACCUGCCUGAAGACGUCACAGUGGAGUGGAGGAACAAAGUCAACUGGAAGGUCCACGUAUAUAAGAACGGCUCUGACCAGCCUGAAGAACAGGACGGGUUUUACAGAGACCGAACAGAGAUGAAGAGAAACCUGCAGAGACCUGGAGACCUCAGUCUGACCCUGAAAUAUCCCACAGACAGAGACAGUAACACCUACACCUGCACCGUCUACAGAGGGGAGGGAGACAUCCUGAUGGAGAAACAAGUCCUGCUCAAGGUCAAAGUCUACCAGGUGGAGGUGGAUUCAGGGGUGGAGUCUGUCCUGCUGCCCUGCAAAACCACAGUUCACCUGCCUAAAGACGUCACAGUGGAGUGGACAGCUAGAGAUGACAGGAAGGUCCACGUAUAUAAGAACGGCUCUGAGCAGCCUGAAGAACAGUUCAGUCUUUACAGAGGCCGAACUGGCAUGAAGAGAAACCUACAGAGAUCUGGAGACCUCAGUCUGACCCUGAAAUACCCCAAAGGCAGAGACAGUAACAUCUACACCUGCACCGUCUACAGCAGGGAGAGAGACAUCCUGAUGAAGAAACAAGUGAAGCUCUGGGUCAGAGAACGAUUUCCAUUGUGGGCCAAAGUUCUCCUGCCUUUCCUGCUUCUCCUGGCUGUUGGUCUUUUUGUUGCAGGGUGUGUUUUGGUGCAUUUUCGUCACUAUUACACGUUAGGACAACUUAUUUCCUGGUACCUGUUUUCCGGGGUUCCCCUGGUUGGUGGUCUUUUUGUUGCCAGAACGCUUGUCAUAAAUUAUUGGCACUAUUUCAUGUCAGAACAUUUUCCAUACUGGUGCAAAGUUCUCCUGGUUCAUCUGGUUCUUUCGGCUCUCCUGUAUCUCCUGGUACUUGGUGUUGGAGGUCUGCACCUUUCUGAAAAUCUCGAGUAUGGGAACCUGUCAGUUUUCCUGGCUAUCGUGGGUCUUCUGUUUGCCCUUUUACUCCUGGUUUGCGGAGGUUUCAUUGCUAGGACUUUUUUGAAAGAUCUUCUGCGCUACUUCAUGUCAGUCCUCGUAGUCUACAAGGUGGAGGUGGAUUCAGGGGUGGAGUCUGUCCUGCUGCCCUGCAAAACCACAGUUUAUCUGCCUGAAGACGGCACAGUGGAGUGGAGGGACAGUUACAACAAGAAGGUCCACGUAUAUAAGAACGGCUCUGACCAGCUUGACCAACAGGACUGGGCUUACAGAGGCCGAACAGAGAUGAAGGAAGACCUGCUGAGAACUGGAGACCUCAGUCUGACCCUGAAAUACCCCACAGACAGAGACGGAGGACGAUACUGGUGCACCAUCGACCGGCGCAUCAGCAGCAUCUACUGGCACGGUAUCGACCGGCGCAUCAUGAGAGUGAAAACAGUUGAUCUCAGGGUCAAAGAGAGAAGCAGGAACAGAAGCAGCUCCACUGAUCCAACUCCUCUGAUGGCCGAUCAAUCUGUUUGAUCUUUGAUCAUUGAUCCGAUCUGACUCUGGAUCAGAGAGAAAAUGGAGGUGAAGCAGCUGAUGGAGGACAGAUGAAGACAGGAGGACACUUUGUCAGCUUCCUCUUCACUCUGACUCCUCCUACUGACUCUCACACACAGUCUACACACUCACUAUUGAUUCCUGUUGACCUCACAGGCAGCAUGUUGUCUCUGGGUCAUUCUGCUUCCUCCAUCAUCCAGGAUGUUCCCCUCACUUUCACAGGUGGAGCAGAGAGGAGCCCCAGCUGGAUCCUAUGAGGACGUCUGUUACGGGGCAGAAACAGGCUGCUUGUUGAUUGGUCGGCCGAUCUGACGGACAGUAAAAGUGUAAAUUCUAAUAUUAAUAUUCCUCCAGAAGUGUAAAAGGCAAUAACAGCAGCAGCAGAGGCUCUGAACGUCUUCAUGAUGAUUCAGCAAAUGAAAAUGAUUCCAUGUGUGGAAUCCAAAUCAGAAAUGAAUCCUAAAUACUCUGUCCCUCUGUCUGCUUCCUCUUCUUCAGCCAAAAGACUUCUCUCUUCUUCCUCUUGUUGUUCCAGCUUCAUCUCGGCUCCUUCAGGAGAGCUGAGCUCCAAAUGUCUGUCUUCUUCAUUCUCUAAUCUCAGUCUGCUGUCACACUUUACAAACAAACCACAGGUCUGAUCUGCAACAUUUCUCUCCAUCUUUAUUGCUCCCUCACAUCUGGGGCCUGAAUCCUGAAGCAGGUUUAACUGAGUCUGGGUCUCUCUGGUUGAUCUGGUCUCACUGAGUCUAACAAUGGCCGUCCAGCAUAACCAGUAUCAUGAAGCUGCUUAUGGACUGGCUCUGUUAACUCUGGGUUUUCCAUCCAGCUCCGAGUGUGUUGAUGUGAAACAGGACGAGUUGUUGGUUCCAACAUCAUCAUCACAACCAUGAAGGAAAAGCUUCAUCUGAGACCUGCUGAAUAUUUAUUAGACAGAUUAUUGGACAGAUGCUGCAGGAAGCUUUCAGCUGGCAGGAGACACAAGACUUUAAAACAUAGAAACAGGACUCUGAGACUAGAUCCAGGUCCACACAGGUCCAGUAAAGACACUAGUUAUAGUCCAGUGAAGCCAACAAGGUGUUAGUGACUGUAUAUACAUGUCAGUCUUUUCUCUAAAUGUGGAAAUGUUGGAUUUCACACUUUGUCCUUUUUUAUACAAAAAGAAAGAAAUCAGAUGCGACAGAUUACCGUUUCUGUUCAGUUAGUUACUAAAACUACAGAGGAAACCAGUCGCGGCUCAAUAGGACCUGAAGUCAGGAGAAAAUGUUUCCUGCUGUUGAACUGUGAAUAUUAUUGAAGAGUAUAGUCUUUCAGAGCUGAAGGAAGAGCAGGAAAUAUUCUAACCAUCGUUACUAAAGAUCAGGGUGGAGAUCUGUGGGCAGAGCAGAUUAUUGCUGCAAACAGAUGAACAAUAAACCCGUCCAGCAAAUUGUAAUAGAAAAGCUGUGGAGAAAAAAAAAAAAAAAAAAAAAAAAAACAGUCUUGCCAUUCUUUAAGAUACAUUUGGUUUUAGCUGAAAGUUAAAAAGGUGUCUCUCUCAUCUUACAACUUCCUUUCAAUGAGUUUAAAACCCUUUAAAAAAAAACAAAAAAACUUACAAACGACUUAUGGCAAAGCAGCAACGAUAAACUGUUUUCUUCAGUUUAGAUCAGACUUCUGACGACUUAACACUUAAUUGUUUGUUUUUUAACUCAACUUCAUCUUCAACUCCAUUUUUCUUCUUUAAUUCAGCCCAGACACCCAGUCACAUGUUCAAGCUUAGGACUGCAUUUUUUGGUUUAUAUAACAUGUUCGGCUGUGCUACGUGCGACUCUUCAUUAGUUUAGUGUAAGACAAUGGCAAAUAAAUCAUUUGAAUUGAAUGGUUCAGACAUUUGGCAGUAUUGUACUCUGAGGCUGUACUCAUUCUUCUAGCAAAACGUCACUGAAAAGGCAUUGGAAAAGUGAGUAUACAGUUAAACAUCCUGCUUUGCUAGGAGACGAGAUUAGGCUUUGAUUUUGUGAAAAAUUCUAUCUAAAUAGCCUAAACCUAAAAAGAAUCACCAGCUUGUGACUGUUUUUUUGAGAAAAAUUUCUUUUUAAGAACACUAGGCCUCCAUAUUUGUUGUCACUCUUGGUAAGGUAACAUUUUACAGUUUUAUUUUGUCUGUGUUGGGAUAAAUAUGGACUGAAAUAGACGUCCAUCUUCCACAACUGUUUGUGUCCUAAAUGAUGACCAAUACUGACAGCGGAACCGACAAUGUCUGAAGAAAUUCACAAAUAAAAAAAACUUGCUACAAA